GAAGGUCUUCUGAGGGUGAUCAGAAUGGAGAGAGCUUCCUAGCUCCGAAGAAGCUCUCGUCUGGUAAAAGCUCCUCCGAGUAUGUUCCACUCAGUCCAUGGACUCCAAACCCCCCAGUGCAACAAUCCUGGGACUGUGAGAGAGGAGCACUGUUUAUGGCGAGUCCCUCAUGUCAACAGGACCACAAGCAGAGUCACCAUGACCAGAACCUGUCCAAGUGUGAGGAGUGUGACGCAGCCUUCCCGUGUUCUGGGCACCAUGGGGUUUCCAUAGAAACCUACAGUGGACAUAACCCCCAGGAAUGUCAAGAGCAAAGGCAAACAUUGAGUCAAGUGUCACCUCAGCCUGUCCCUCAAAACGUCCACACAGGAGAGCAGCCGGGUACUUGGAAAGAGUGUGGACAGGCCUUCAAUCGUCCCUCACAUCUUAUAAUACAGAGGAGAGUUCAUACUAUUGAGAAACCGUAUGUAUAUAAAGAGAAUGGGAAGGCCUUUGCCCAACCCUCAAGCCUCAGUUUACACAGGAACAUUCAUAGUGAAGAGAAACCUUAUUUAUGUACUGACUGUGGAAAGGCCUUUUUUCACUUCUCAAGCCUUUCUGCGCAUAGGAAAAUGCACACGCAAGACAAAUCUUAUUCAUGUAAGGAUUGUGGGAAGACUUUUAUCUAUUACUCAAACUAUUUUAUACACAAAAAAACGCAUAUUGAACAGAAAUUGUAUAUAUGUAAGAAAUGUGGGAAGACCUUUGCUCAUUACUCAAACCUUUUGAGUCAUGGGAAAAUUCACACAGGACAGAAGUCGUAUAUAUGUGAGGUCUGUGGGAAAGCUUUCAGCUACCCCUCACGCCUUAUUAGACACAGAGAGAGUCAUAAUAAAGAGAAACCUCAUACCUGUAAGGAAUGCGGGAAGGCCUUUGCUGUUUUUGCUUACCUGUCUGUUCACAGAAAAAUUCAUACUGGAGAGAAACCUCAUAAAUGUAAGACGUGUGGAAAGGCCUUCAUUCACUCCUCAGCCCUGACUGUGCAUAUGAGAACUCAUAGUGGAGAGAAGCCUUAUGUAUGUCAGGACUGUGGGAAGGCCUUUCGUCGAUCUACGGGACUUACUGAACAUAGGAGGGUUCACACCGGAGAGAAACCAUUUAGAUGCAAGGAAUGUGGGGAGACCUUCAUCAACACGUACAGCCUUCUUCAUCAUAGUAGGCUUCACACUGAAGAGAAACCUUUUGUAUGUGAGGAAUGUGGGAAGGCAUAUUAUUAUUCCGCAAGUCUUCGUAUGCAUCGGAAAAUUCACGCUGGGGAGAAACCUUAUGUUUGUAAGGAUUGUGGGGAGGCUUUCUCUCAAAAGUGGUCUCUGACUCAACACAGGAAAAUUCAUAAUGAAGAGAAACCUCAUCUCUGUCAGACAUGCGGGAAGGCCUUCCCUACAUACUCAGGCCUUGUUCUGCAUCAGACAAUUCAUAUUCGAGAGAAACUUUAUAAAUGUAAGGAAUGCGGAAAGGCCUUCACUCGAUCCAUCUCUCUUAUUGUGCACAGGAAAUCUCAUACUGGAGAGAACCUGUAUGCAUGUCAGGAGUGUGGGAAGACCUUUAUUAAAGCCUCACAGUUUACUGUACACAUGAGAAUCCACACGGGAGAGAAACCGUUUAUAUGUAAGGAAUGUGGGAAGGCCUUUAUUACCAACUCCAGGCUUCAAGAGCAUCAGAGACUUCAUACUGGAGAGAAACCUUUUGUGUGUGAGGAGUGUGGGAAGGCGUAUCGUCAUUCCUCCAGUCUUCGUAGUCAUAGGAGACUCCACACCGGAGAGAAACCUUAUGUUUGUAAGGAAUGCGGGAAGACCUUCUCUGAAAUUCGGAACCUGAAUAAACACAGCAAAAUUCACAGUGGGGAGAAACCGCAUCAGUGUCAGACGUGCGGGAAGGCCUUCACUCUGCGCUCAGGCCUUACUAAGCAUAUGAAAGUGCAUACAGGAGUGAAAUCGUAUGUAUGCAAAGAGUGUGGGAAGGCCUUUGUGUUCUCUUCAAGCCUUAGGAAACAUCUUAAAAUUCAUAAAAGGUGACUUGAGGGGAUACGCUGCCACCCAACAGGUCAACCUGUACUUGUGUGACGAAUGCAUCAGCCACCCGAUGGUGCCUUCAGACUUUCCGAUAUCCCAGAAUUGUCACUCUGCCUCUGUCUGGACCCCAACAAUUUGGGACCAUGUUUCCCGAGAAAUUAAAAGGCCAAAAGUUAGGUAUGUGG